AUGGUGAAAUCUGAGGUCUGCCAGUGCUGGCACUGGCAGAUCAAGGACGCUGAUUCAGACAGUCAUUUUAAGUUGAGAGCCUUGGGAAUCCUUUCUCUCAUCAUCAUCAUCACCAUCACCACAAAUGUGGCUACACCGCAGGCGAUGACAGAUGACGAGAUCACUAAACAACACCUCACCCUCUCUUCAAAAUACUUCCCCAGGAGGUUUGAGCAGGAGUUUCCUGGGCUUAAGUCGUCUCCAUCGCAAAGGCGGUCAAUACAAGUUCGCCUUUGCAAGUGGUAUAACUGGCAAGAAAACUUCGAAGCAACGAAGGGCGGCGUCUACAAGCUUGCGAAGGACACAGCUGCUGAAGGUCUGAUCGAACAGCUUGGCGAGACGGAAAUUAAAACCUCUUUUUUCGAAUGGAGCGUCGACGCAACCUUCUGGGCUUUGUGGUUCAUCGGACUUCCUCAGAAUAAGCGACCCCUCUGGCCAUGGGCCAAGUCUCCCAGGCUCGAAGCGGGAGAAGGAUCCUCGAAAGACUUCGCGCAACUCAAAGCAGAGUAUGAUCGCAAGGGGUCCCUGAUUGACAAUGAGGUUUUACAGAAGUAA